AUGCUCAAGGCUCUGUUCGUCGCGGCCGUGGCCGCCACCGCCGCUUCCGCCGCCACGGUCAAGACCCCAGACGCGGCCAAGGAAUGCAAGGACUGCGAUCUCGAGACCGCCCACAACGUGGACUGCGCCAGCAAGUUCAAGGUUGGGCGUACGGGCACGAUGUCGAAGCCCGAGCGCGUGGCCUACAUGGAUUGUCUCUGGCGCAAGGAGCCAGGACAGGUCGGCUUCCGGGACUACCAGGCUGGGUGCAUCAAGUGCAAGGGCCUCCCCGACGGCAACUGGAAGCAGGCCAACCAUGACCGCGUGCUCGACGACUACCUCAGCAUGAACUGGACGGACACUCUGCCGAACAACAUCUACGACUACUGGACCACCUUGGAUCUGACUGGCAAGACCGCGGCCGGCGACGGGUGGACCACGCCCGUGCAGGCCAAGGACAAGGAGGGCAAGCUCGUCACGGAACCGCAGUGGGUGUUCUGGAACUUCACGUACAACACCCAGGAGAAGAUCAACGCCAGGCUCGAUGAGCUCAAGGCCAAGCACCCCCUCCACGGCAAGGACGUCGGCGUUUCCCUCACCGGGGUCAUCGAGAUGCACUUCACCUACGGCUCCCAGGACUUCCUCCUCAAUGCGGGCGGCAAGGUCCUCAAGAUCACCAACAUGCUGUGCGUCUCCACCCUCUCGGACGCUUCCACCAAGGGCGGCCUGAGCGUCAAGGCCUCGUCCACCAGCUUCCUCCUCGUCAAGGACAUGACCCGCAACGCAACCGAGGAGGAGCAGCGGACCCUGCCCAUGGCCCCCGACGCCGCCAAGGGCGUGACCAAGACCGUCGCGCUCGACGCCGCCGUCCAGGCCCUCUCCAAGGGAAGCCUGACCACCGUCACUGAGGCGACGGACGAGGGCAAGAACCUGGUCAAGGAGGUCGAGGCCGGCAAGCUGGACGCGAAGCAGGCCGCCGAGAAGGUGAGCAAGACGGCCGAGGCCGAGAUCAGCAAGGCCGUCAGCGUCAAGGUCGAGAGCAUUUCUUCGAUCUCGACCAGCGUCAGUGCUAGCCUCAAGUUGGAGGCUAUGCUCGGCAAGACUGGCAAGAAGACUGCCGGCAAGAAGCCCUCUUCCUGCAAGCGCCGCCGUCGCAGCGUCCCGGCCGCGUCUACCUACUAA